GGUCCCCAGUUCCCGGUUCCAAGACCCGCGUCCGAGCUCCUCUGCGUGUGGCCGCCCGAUUUGUAUGCGGUUCUUGGCCGCAGCACCACAGUGGUAACCGCAAAUGACAGACACGCCAGAGGAGUGAAAACUGAAAAUUAUAAACAAAAACGGAGACACCCGACAAGUGCAGUGGCCCAAUGGAGGGGGGAGGGAUGUCGUAAUGGCACUUAAUGGCAAGCACACACUGUUCCGCCAUCAGCGAAUCCAGAUACUCUAGCCGCCAGAUACCCAGAUACAUAACGUCAUCGCUUGAUUUUCAUUUUCCAUGGGGCGCCAAACGAAGCGUGCAACCGAAAAGGCGAAAAGAGCAGACAAUAGUAAAAGCGAAAUAUAGAGAAUAGAGCGCAAUAGAGAUACCAUUGUAUCUGGAUAUCUGGAUAUCUGAAUGUCUGGAUAUCUAAAUGUCUGGAUGUCUAGGUAUCUGGAUAUCCGUGCUGCUGCAUCGAUGGCCCAGCUAUUUAUAGGUCGACUCCUCAGCGGGGGAGGUAGUUGCAUCUGAUAGUCCGGGGAAUGGGUCUACGCGUGUACCUUCAGUAGCACUCCGGUCGCAAUCCGUGCCGCGCUCCACUCCGCCAUCGCAAUCGAAGAUAGUGCAUCCGAUCGGCAACGGCUGUGCAUGUGAUCUAAUAAAAAUACAAAUGUGUUAUCCCAUUUUGACAGCAAACUGUUAAUUUCUAAGGCAAAACGCCGUGUGUGUGCAGUUGGUGGAUAUGCCAGAUACAGAUACAGAUACAGAUGACUAUUCCGAUCCAGAUCGCAGUGAAGCCACAAUAAAGCCUGGGCGAGAAAUCAAGCGAUCGGCCGGCCAAACAAACAACAACUAGCACUCAACGCACAUUAACGCAAAUCGCCUCAAAUUAACACUGAACACUAAAAUUUGGAAUACAAAACUGCGGAUACAAUACCAUCUAGAAGCCAUGAAUCCGAAGCCAACCACCAAGCUGGCCGAAAUUGAGCAGUUUUUGUUGGAUGUCCGCGCCCACUUCCGAGCUUCGCUGGAGACCUCGGAGUACGAGAACACCUCGAACCUAUUCCACGUGACGGCCGCCGAGCAGACCGCCGCCCUUCUGGCCCGCUGUGAGAUCCUGCUGGCUGCAGCCAGUUCUGCAUCGGGAUCGGGAUCGGGGCUGGGAUGUGCAGACGAGCAGGCGACAGCUAACCACCGUUCCAGCCUGGUCGACUGCGUCGAUAGCAAGGUGGGCGCGGAGACCGGUCCCAGCGGCUAUCUGGAGAUGCUUGCCUCCCCGUCCCCCUCGAAAAGCUCCCUGUCCGCCUCGAGGGAGUACAUCGAUUUGGGCAGCAGCGGAUCCCUGGAUCGUUGCUCCGUCAAUCAACCGGUUCCGGCAGCGAAGGACAAGGAGCCACAUCAGCAGCUCUACGAGAUUUGCCAGAACCAGGGAGCGGGUCAGGACGAGGACGAAGCGCAGCAGGCGAUCACCUUCAGCCACGAGGUGUUCAUUGACUGCCCGUACGCAGAUCUGCCCGCUGGCCACUUGUCCCUGCAAAGAUCCACAAAGUACGGACAGCUGCAGCGGAUUGUGCCCAAGCGACUGUUCUUCGACCAGACCCGCAAGUGCUACUGUGGCAUCCUCAACGACUGGAUGCUGUGCUAUGCCGACGGCCCGACCGCCUGUCGACCCAGCAGCACGCUCUACUUGAAGAGCUCCUCCAUCGAGAUUGAGCACUUCGGAGAGGGCAAGCGGCGCGACAUCUGCUUCCAGAUCACCACAGACGACCCCAACAAGAAGUUCGUGUACCAGGCCAGCAACGAAGUCGAUGCCAAAGAGUGGAUACACGCCAUUGAGGCGGCCAUCCGCGGAGAUGCCGGUGCUCAUUCGGCGCUGAAGAGUCCACCGCCCCGGAAAUUGCCCACGCCGCCGGUCCAGAAAAAAUCCACCUACACAGCAGCGGAUAUCAUCUACGAGGAGCCCUCGCCCGUGUAUGGCCUCAUAGACUCCUCCUCCAUGGUGCUCCCUAAGCUGCCGGAGAAGAACAACAGUCCAAGCGCCCUCGCCCGGCGUUUCGAGUACGAUGUUCCCAAAUGCCCGGCUCAGCCGCUGCAGGACACCUGCGCCAGGGUGGCCUCUGUAAGUGGGGAGCUGGAAUCCCUGGGACUACUCAACGAGGGUGAUAUUAAGGUGCAACCGCAGCCGUCCAGCUUGCACGGAAACAUAUCGCUGGACUUCCAGGCCAGGGUGAAAACAGUGCACAGCGAGCUCUCCACCCAGUUGUCAGCGGCCGGUCCCAGUCCGGAUCGUCUGAAAAAGGCAGCGAAGAAGAGCUACUCGAAUGGCAGUGAACCGGAGAUGCUGUCUCCCCUGACCAGCCCCGCCCACACGCCCACCAAGGAUCAGAAGAAGCAGCGCAAGUCAACCACCUCGCCGCAAUCCAGUCCGGUCAGCAAGGACUGCGACAAGCUGGCACGAAACUGGUUCCUCAGUCGCCUUAACAAGACCACCGGAUUGAAGGCGACCAACACGGGCAGUGCAUCACCAACCAACGCCAAGUGCAAGCAGAGCGAGAAGGAGAACCUGCUGACGGAAGCGGAGCUGGGCGAGGGCUAUGAUGCAAGUCCUGGUGACCGGGAUCACGGCCUGCCGGGCAGCCCGCCCACGUCGCCGUGUCUGAAGGCGGAGGCCAAGAGCAAGGUGAACAUGAUUAUCAACCAGUUCGAGAGCAGCGGUCACCUGUCCACCAUGUUCAGCGUGGAAGCGUUGGCCGCCAAUGCACUCGCCUCGCUGACAUCCUUCUGCGAAAGUGAUGGUUGCAACAACUACGAGCCAAUCAUGCCCCUGGCCACGACUCCCAGCAGCUUCCUAAAGAAGGUGUAGACUGCUGCACAUCCGUCAUCUGCUAUUCACAUCCGACGUCCUGGAGAGCUCGUUCGUCUCUGUAUUGUAGAUUUAAUCCUUAGGCUAGUGAAAACCACUCUCCGGAUGUCACAUAACUUUGACAUAAAAUUUUAAUAUCAAAA